UGCGUAUCUCUCGAAUCCAUGUUGCUUUUCUUUCAGUGAAUGAUCACUCAACAAUCUGUCAGGCAGGUACCGGUGGAGCUCAGUGAUUUGCACCAACAGCGCGGCGUGUUCGAAUGGAAAUCAAAAAAAUUCUUCACGCUUUGCUGAUAGACACAAAUUCACGUCAUGUUGAAGGUUUAUGAUUCAAGUUAAUGCUACACAGACUAAACUUCGACAAGCGGUGAAAAAGGUGUCAGAUAUAAUUGUGUUUGGAAUAUGAUUAAUUGGUGUGAAGAUUGGAUUCACUUUAUCAUUGACCAAUGCUAGAAUUCGAAGUCUCUGGCUUAUGAAGAAAAGGCUAUCUAGAUUUACGGGAAAGUUGUUGAAAUACACCGACAUUGUUGAGAUGACAAAACGAUUGAACAAGAAUCAAUGAAGUUUCCAUAACAUGUUACACGCGGUGCAAGCUGGUUCUUCUUUCUUUGUAUCCUGUAAACCAGAUGUUCUAUACAAACACAUAGGAUUCCUAUGGUGUUUUCCUAUUGGCUAGCGUGGUCAUGUGAUGAGGAUAAGUGGUACAUCACGUGAUCACCAUAUCGCAUGUUACCGCCCUGUUCGUGUAGUCUUCCUCCUCGUUCUAUCAGUCUUGCUGUAUUUUAUAUUCAAAGAAUAUCUCCACAACCACAAGGCCAACGUUACUAAACCUGUAGUGGACACUGCUGAAUUAGGAUGCUUUUAUACCGUAACCCCCCCGGUGAAUCCCAUCGCAUGGCAAGAGAUUGUAAUACUCAUCAUCCCUUCACCGGGGGGGCUAUGCAAGAGCUACAAUCAGCAGCGCAAUAUCACUGUAGGAGCAUCAACAUUUCGAGUACAAGCGUUUGGAUCACAAGAGAUGGUAAUAGGACAAGCCGUUCACCUUGGCAACGACACAUACCAAGCUAAAUUAAGGGUUUCGUUCGAGGGUGACUACGUUGUCAUGGUGAUAUUGACAUUCACAGACAACGCCCACCUAGAAUACCGUUUCCAUAGUAACGCCAUAUUACAACACGUUUUUAAUAGUCCUUUUGAAAUGAGGGUCUCGGCGGGUCCGAGUCCCGCGGGAUACACGCGUUACUGUACGCAAGAAGAGAGCGGGACAGCCCCCGGUAGAUGGGUAGAGUGCGGCAAGCUUGCGGGUAUAGAGGAUUGUGGAUCAUGGCAGUUGAAUAGUGUGUAUGACUUUGAUCAGAUUCAUGGUUUUCAUUGGGUACCGUAUUCUUGUCAACUGCAUCAAUACAGCAACGAUGAGAUUAAAAAGUGCUUUGCUCAGAAUGGAUGGAGUAGCAUUGCCUUCACAGGAGACUCCCAUAUGCGUUAUCGCACUUACCACUGGGUCACCAGACUCUACGGUGGAUGCCGGGGGUGUAUCAAGACCUACAUCAAGAUGGUAUUCGACAAAAUACCCCGUAUGGAAUGGAUAUUCGACGCACGUGGCACCAGAUGGCCCAUGACUUUUCCAGAAAUUUCUUUCCCUAACGAAGUCUAUGUACAUCCCAAAACACGGCGGUCUAUGUUCUCUAAGGAGCUUCCUUCCUCCGUCUUUGAUGUUAACCUCUUUAUUUUGAACUUCGGGCAUUGGAUUCUUCGGGAGAGUACUCAAGAGGAGUUUAUGGAAGAGAAACUGCGCGCCUACGUUGAGGCGAUACAAAAAAUGAACGCCACGGGCGGACGAAAGAAAUUCUUGUGGGUAAAUACUGUUAGUCUUCCAUGGCGAGACGACAAAGCUGUAGUGGAAUGGAUAGAGAAUCCUUCACCAUCGAGGGUAGCGCAGUGGAAUAGACUCAGCGAUUCUUUCAUGCGCGCACAUGGGAUCCAGAUUAUAGACGCGUUUCAGAUAUCUAACAGUCGUAUUGGAGCCACGCAUGAUCAAACGCAUUACGCUAAGAGGUUGAAGAAUGGAGACUGCGGUGGAGUCGUGGAAAAUGCUAUUAGUAAUACUAUUGCUAAUGCUCUAUGUAACUACGAUAUAUGAUAACCGUCUUUACGCUAGCAAGCCUCUCAGAGACAAUUUUGUUAUCACCGUAAAAAAUCCUCGAAAAUAAAAGCCUCGUGAAUUAAAAUUUUAACCGUAGCGCGCUGCGCAGGUAUUUAACUGAAUUAUUUUAUGCUAAUAUUUUUACACAAGUGAAUAUAAUAAAUCCGGCGCGCUUAUUGGUCACAAUUUACAUCUUAUGCUACUAUAUUGACCUACAGCUAAAUAUAAGGCGCGCACGCGCAGGCUCGUUUGUGGAUUUGUGCCGCUUGCAGAGAUUAAAAAAUUUUGAAAAGACAAAAAAAAAAGUGUCUCCGUUAAUUAUCAAAUUCACUUGUGUUAAAAAUACUAAAACAAUUAUUCGCCUUAGGUUCAGUGAAUAUCGGGGAAUAUUUACCUUCUUAAUUAUUUGACGAAGCCAAUUGUGAAUACUGAUGAUGGAAGGAUUUUUUACACGAUUUCUAUUAGUGCGCAAAUUAUAAUAGCCGUGUUCUGAUAAAGUUCGUUGCAUGUUAUACAAAACCAAGCGAUUUUAUGGAAAACUGAUUUAUAAUAAAAUACAU